GUUACCCUGAGAUAUAGUAUACAGUAAGUAUAUAUGAUCGCUCCGGGAGAAAUCUGGUACAGUUUCUACCGGUUCCUUGUGGAGUUCAGAAGUUGUUUUAAAAGUUCAUCAUGCAGCCUACCUUCAUUUGUUUGUUUGCGUUGAUUGCCUACGUAAGCGCCCAAGUAUAUUUAUUACCAGGAUACGAGAAGAAAGAUGAGGAAUUCUACCGAAGGAUGAAUAUGGCACUAGCUAGAGGAUCUAUGGGGCGUACUUGGGAAACUAAUGCGGGAAGAGGGAAAGUGUUUGGAACUUUGGGGAGCACUGAUACUUCGGUAUUUGGUCGUGCCGGCUACAAGCAAGAUAUCUUCAACGACCACAGAGGUCAUCUCGAAGGUCAGGGUUACGGGUCCAGGGUGUUAGGAGCUACUGGUGACAGCAGUGUGUUUGGUGGCAAACUGAACUGGUCCAAUGAUAAUGCUAGAGCAACUGUUGAUGUUCAUAAAGAAGUUCGGGGUACCAGUGGUAUGACUGUCACUGGUGACGGAGUAUGGAAACUUGACAAGAACACCAGGCUGGUUGCUGGAGGCAACUUGGAAAAGAACUUUGGUCAUGAUAAGCCUGUGGUUGGAUUAGAAGCUAAAAUUGAACACGACUUUUAAAGACUAUUUUGUUGUAUUGAUUGAUAAAUAGUCAUUAAGAUUGCUAAAUAGUCAUUCAGUUUAAGUUUUUUUUUUGUUACUUAUGUAACUUUUACCACUUCUGGGUCUUACUAAAAGUACACAAGUUUUUGAUAACUGA